AUGGCCGGGCAGCUGCGACCGGUCUAUGAGGGGAAGUUCUCAGACAGGUUUCCCGAGCUAUUGGCCGCUGGAAAGUUGCUUCCCACUGGUGCUACAGCUGCAAGUUGCCUCACUGAGGCUUUGCCCAGGCCCAACACUCCAGCCGCCGUGCGGAAGUUCCGAAAUACAAGGAAUCCAGCCCCAGGCGUCGAGAGGGUGUUCUACGGCAGAGCAGGCGAUCCGGACCUUGCGUCUCACCUGACACAUGGCAUAGCAUCACGGCCUUCACCCAGUGUAGCAUCAUUGAUAAACCCACUGCCUAAAACCACUUUUCAGCAAAUGAUGCAAGACAAGAAAGAAGCAAUUUACUUCAGUAAUCGUCAGGGGCCCUUGGGCAGAUCACAUGAUCAAUCUUCCAUGUUACCUCCUGGCUUGGAUAUACUUAAUACUACAUUUGGAAUAAAAGUCAUCCGAGAUGCACCAGCUGGAGAGCUUAUAAACCCACCAAAAACUUUUGAGGAAGUGGAUAAAGAAGCCAGAGAAGGACAUGAUCUGUACAUUGUGUCACACAGUGACUAUUAUGUGGGAGAAGCUAUCAAUAGGAAGUAUGACUCACCAAGCUUCAGCAAGUCUUUUGCUUAUGGAAUAAAAACUCCUCACUUUAAAGAUGGACGAGGUGUAUCCAGAUCCUUAAACUGGCCCUAUGAUAUUCAACCCAAGAAAGCAGCCAAAGUGGUACCAAAGCAAAGUGAUGAUUUCAAGGAAAAAUUUCAGCCUCAGCUUGGAAAAGUCCUUGAUCCAUUAGUAAAAACGCUGAAUGCUCCCCCAGACCACACCGCCGGACCAGUACUCCGUCUAGAUAAAAGCGGAGUUGGUGAUCUCCUUCACUGCUGGGUUCCAAGUGCGAUCCUCCAUGGUAAAGACAGAGAGAUAGCUGUCUUGACUGCAGUUCGGCAGAGCUUGAAGAAAGCUAACUAUGAAAAUUUCAGCAUGUUGCUAGAAGCAUUCAGACAUUAUGAUAAGAAUGGUGAUGGCAUGAUAGACAAGAACGACCUACGGAAGUGCUGCUUUCAGCUUAACGUGAAUGUAGAUGAUGAGCUCCUAGAUUCCUUAUUUGAGUGCUGUGAUUUGGAUAAAGAUGGUCUGAUUAAUUACCUGGAGUUCACAAACUACCUGAACUGGAAAGACAGAAUGGCUGUCAAAGAGUUUGAAGAAAAAAUAGUUGCAAAAUAUCAAAAACUAGAUGCUCUUGUACCUGAAGAUGUGAAUGAGAAGCCCCUGCUGAAGACAGAGGAUCCUGCAUUAAGAGAACUGGGAAGCUCAGAAAAGGCACCCAAACCACUUAAAUCAAAUUAUCAAACAACUUCUUCGCAGUAUAAUGCUGUAGUAGGUGGUCUCCCAACAACCUGUUAUCCAGUGUGUGGUGUUCCAAGCAUUCGCUCAGAUCUUCCCGCUCCUCGAAGACGCCGCAUCAAUGACAGGACUAAUUAUGGUGAUGAGGGCAAUGCUUAUUCGUUAUUGUUCCCUUCUGUCUUCAGUCAAAAAGGAGUGUCUGAAAGAGACUUAUUUAAAACAAGACCAAAGGCAGAGAUUGCACAAAUUCUCCACAACAUUGGCAUGAACAUUGCAGAGGAAAGGCUUGAAGAGAUAUGGAAGCAAACCCAAGAGAAACAUCCAAAAGAAGAGAUCUGUGUGGAAAGCAUCAGCAACGUACUGGAUGAGAUACACAGAUCACACACAGAAACCAGCUGCUAA